GGGUUAGAUCUCACCAAACGAGGUAACUCCAAGGUGUCUCUCUCCUUCUCCUCCAAGUCCUCUCUCAAAACCAUUUCUUCUUACCACCGAAAAAUCUAACAAAUAUACCAAAAUGAAGUUUGGGAAAGAAUUUGCAUCCCAAAUGGUGCCGGAAUGGCAAGAGGCGUACAUGGACUACGAUUUUCUGAAGACCCUUUUGAAAGAAGUCCAACGUUUCAAGCUAAGAAGCAGGCCGCCGGCGACUCCGCGUGGCCUGAAGAGAAAGAUGACACUGUACAGAGCUUUCAGUGGCCUAACACAGAGGCAGCAAAAUCAUCCAAGUCCCUCUUCUAAUGACAUCGAAAGCCAAGCCAUCUUGGUGAAUCCGGUAAACGGAGAAGGGUCGGAAAAAUACCAGACGACUUUCCUGAUGGCGGAUGACGAAGGAGGAGAGUACGAGCUGGUGUACUUUAGGAGGCUGGACGAAGAGUUCAAUAAGGUGGACAAGUUUUACAAGGCUAAGGUCCAGGAGGUGGUGAAGGAAGCGGAAAUGUUAAAUAAGCAAAUGGAAGCUCUGAUUGCUUUUAGAAUAAAGGUGGAGAAUCCACAAGGGUGGUCUUGGGAAGAAAGGUCCGACGACUUGACUCGGCUUGCUUCCGAUGUUGCAGCCUCUGCUGCUGCUCUGGCAGCUUCUACUCCAUCUGGGGCAAAAGCAAACAAAAGAGUUAAUCAUAUGGAGGUGAUUGAAGAGGGAUCGACCAGCCAUGAGCAUCCAGAUGAAGAUAAAGACGAAAAGGACAACGAGAACUCUUUAGAGGAAAAUGUUGAAGCUCCAAAACAAGGAAAACUACUUAAGCGCAAAAAACCAGCUCCAUUGCAAAUACUAAACCAUGUUAAGAUGAAUAACUCUCUUGAGACUCCUCGAUCAACCAUUAAAGGCGUCUUAAAUGUCCCUAACCACACUGAGCUUAAGUUCACUAGGCAGAAUCUAAGGAAAGUUGAAGAGCAACUCAAGCGUGCUUUCAUUGAAUUCUAUCAGAAGCUUCGACUUUUGAAGAGUUACAGCUUCUUAAACACUUUGGCUUUUUCAAAAAUCAUGAAGAAAUAUGACAAGAUUACUUCAAGAAAUGCAGCAAAAUCUUACAUGAAAAUGGUAGAUAACUCCUAUCUUGGCAGCUCGGAUGAGGUUACCAAGCUUAUGGAGAGAGUUGAAGCUACUUUCAUUAAGCAUUUCUUUAAUGCCAAUCGUACCAAAGGCAUGAACAUUUUAAGACCAAAAGCAACGAGAGAAAGACAUAGAAUAACAUUCUCUACAGGUUUCUUUGCUGGCUGCACAUUUGCUUUGCUAGCAGCCCUGAUUUAUAUCAUCCGUGCACGCAAUAUAAUGGGUCAGCCAGGGCAGAAACGGUACAUGGAAACCAUGUUUCCUCUAUACAGCUUGUUCGGGUUUGUGGUUCUGCACAUGCUGAUGUAUGCUGCCAACGUAUAUUACUGGAGGCGCUGUCGGGUGAAUUAUGCCUUCAUUUUUGGUUUCAAACAGGGAACAGAACUAGGCUACAGAGCAGUUCUCCUCCUAAGUUUUGCACUUGGAACAUUAGCUCUAGUCAGUGUACUAUCCAGUCUUGACAUGGAGAUGGAUCCUAGUACAAAGUCUUACGAAGCCUUCACUGAGCUUCUCCCUCUCUUCCUUGUCAUUACAGUACUCGUUAUUCUGUUCUUGCCAUUCAACAUACUACAUCGAUCAAGUCGAUUCUUCUUCCUAACAUGUUUGUUCCACUGCAUCUGCGCUCCUCUCUACAAGGUGAGACUGCCAGAUUUCUUCCUAGCAGAUCAGUUCACCAGCCAGGUUCAAGCAUUUAGAAGCCUUGAGUUCUACAUUUGCUAUUAUGGCUGGGGAGACUUCAAACACAGACAAAACACAUGCACAUCUAGUGAUGUAUUCAAAGCUUUCAAAGUCAUCGUUGCUCUCAUUCCAUACUGGUCUCGCUUCCUUCAGUGUCUGCGUCGACUUUAUGAAGAGAAAGAUCCUUUGCAAGGAUAUAACGGACUGAAAUACUUCGUGAUAAUACUUGCUGUUUGUUUUAGAACAGUAGGUUACACUCUUAACAAAGGUGUGACAUGGAAAGUGUUGGCCUGGAUUUUCUCAGUGAUUGCAGCUGUUGUUGGCACAUAUUGGGACCUUAUCUACGACUGGGGACUUCUACAGCGCCAUUCUAAGAACAAGUGGCUGAGGGACAAACUCCUCCUCCCUCAGAAGAAGAUUUAUUUCAUAGCAAUGGUCCUGAACGUGUUGCUGAGAUUUGCGUGGCUGCAAACUGUGUUGGGUUUCACCUUGUUCUCUUUACACACACAAACCAUGAUCACCCUGGUUGCUUGUCUGGAGAUCAUUCGUCGUGGUAUAUGGAAUUUCUUCAGGCUGGAAAAUGAGCACUUGAACAAUGUAGGCAAAUACCGUGCGUUCAAGUCUGUACCGCUGCCUUUCAACUAUGACGAGGACGAAGACAAAGAUGAGUAGGUUGUUUUGACCCAUCUGAUCAGAAACAGGGAACUCGAGAACAGUUUUCAAAGAGGGGAAUAAAGGGCCAUGGCUGUUGUUCUUUGAUGUUAAGCCGGCAAAGCUGAAUUCAAGGCAGAGGAAAAGUUUGUAGCUACGGUUAUAUUGUUUAAGUUUUUCUUUCUCUGUACUAAAGUUUCUCUGUACCUAAUAGGGUCCAGUUCGAUGCUACCAUCAAGCUCAAAUUAAGGCUAGCUAAUUUUAUCUUUUCAAACUUGAAUACUUAAAAUGUUUAAUUGAACUAGGCUCAAGCUUGUGCUUGAGCUCAAAAAUAAAGCUCACAUGGAGCA